UAACAAAGUAACAAACAAAAUAAAACAACACUUAACAAAUUUAAUAUUUUCACUCGAGUAAUUAAGGAAAGGGAAAGCAGAGAACUCCCAACUCCUAAAUCUUUCCUUUAUCUUCCUGCCUCUCUCUCAGCCCCAAUCAUCAUCCAUGGCUAUGGCUGAUGGGGUUUCAAUUUUGUCAUCAAAUAUUCAUCUUCUUCUACUUCUGAUAAGCCUUUCCUGGUAUUGUACCUUUGUUAAGUGUUCAAAUUCAACCACCAUAUAUGAUGAAUUAAGGGCAAAGGGUCUUCCCGUAGGGCUUCUACCCAAGGGAAUAACCCGCUACGAGAUCAACGGUAGUAGUGGAGAAUUCCAGGUUUGGAUGGAAGAACCGUGCAAUGCAAAGUUUGAAAACGAGGUUCACUAUGAUCCCAACAUUAAGGGUACCCUAGAUUAUGGUAAGAUCGGGGAGUUAUCUGGUAUGACUGCUCAAGAACUCUUCCUAUGGUUUCCUGUUAAGGGCAUUCGUGUUGAUCUACCUAGUUCUGGUCUCAUUCACUUCGAUGUUGGUGUUGCUGAUAAACAAUUCUCUUUGUCCCUCUUUGAAGAUCCUCCUGUUUGUAACCCUCAGGUUAAUGCUGAUAAUGAUAUGCUGAGGGCAAUUUGGUAGACGAUAAGGAUGUCGGCGCAUUUCAAAUAGAUCAAUCAACUUAGCUGUGCUUGUGGUUGGUCUUGUGAUGGUGUUUCUGUACAGUCACGGUCUUUUUCUUUUUCUGCUUGGAUUGGAAUCAAUCUCCUCUGUCAAGGGACAAAGGAUGACAAUUUUGGUGGUCAACAACGAUGGCCUAUAUGCUUUUGGCAAAAUCUGUGCUAGUCAGGGAUGUUGGAUAAGGUUGGUUUUGCAAAUGAUGUUCUAUAUAGUAGUAAGGUUUUGUAAUUUGUAUUUCGGUAUUGUCAUUUCUACACACAAGUUUUUCAGACUUGUUUUGUGUAGAUUCCUCUAUUUUAAUAAAAUUUAGCAUAAUGUGUUGAUGGUUUUGUACUGUAACUAAUUUUGAUUCCCUACACUUUGUUCUUUUAUGUAAGAUAGUCCGUUUUGCCUAUA